CUCGGGCCUCUCUUGCAAUGGCUUGAGUGCACGCUGGACAAUAACCUGGGCUUGGGUUCAGUUGCAGGAGGUGACAGCUUUCACAUUACUGGAGAAGACAUUACUGCAGAGAAGUCACAAGUGGUGCACGUGCAUAGUGGGCAUUUGAGUUACAUGACCACAAAGACUGCAUUGUACAAGGGCGUACGUUGAAGACAAGCCUUUUUUUAUAUAGUGAGGGCGACAAAAUUACUAUGGAAUGGAGGAAAGCAAUGGAGUUCAUCACUUGUUUCAUGGUUCUCCUGGCUGGGGCUUUGGGGGAUGAAGAAUCUAAAGAUCAUGGCCAGCCACCACACAUUAUCUUCAUUGUAGCUGAUGAUUUGGGUUGGGAUGAUGUCAGUCUCCACGGUUCUAGUCAGAUCCCGACCCCAAACAUCGACACCUUGGCACAAGAUGGCGUAACAUUGACAAACUACUAUGUGUCGCCCCUCUGCACGCCAUCGAGAAGCGCCAUCAUGACUGGAAGACAUCCUAUUCAUACAGGCCUGCAGUUUGGUGUAAUAUCUCCAGAAGCGCCAUAUGGAUUGGGUCUGGAGGAGAAGACUAUGGCACAGUAUCUUAAAACAUUAGGAUACAGUACUCAUGCAGUUGGAAAGUGGCAUUUGGGAUAUUUUGCCAAAGAGUACACCCCAACGUGGAGAGGCUUCGAUUCUUUCUUUGGCUUCUAUAAUGGAAGAGGCGAUUACUACACUCAUGAAGAAGUGCAAAGCGAGGUUUCUGGAUAUGACCUACACAAGAACGGAAAGGUUUAUAGGCCUGCCUUCGGCCAGUAUUCUACAGAUAUCUUUAAUCAAGAAGCUGAGCAGAUUAUCAAGGCCCACAAUGCAUCACAGCCACUGUUCCUGUACCUUGCACAUCAAGCUGUCCAUGCAGGAGUGUAUCCUGAUCGACUUCUUCAAGCACCUGACAAAUACUAUCAGAGGUUUCCUCACAUUGAGACAGAGGGGAGGAGAAUGUAUGCAGCAAUGGUGUCUGCUUUGGAUGACUCUGUAGGCAGCAUCUCCCAGACGCUACGAGAUGCGGGCCUCUAUGACAACUCCAUCAUCGUCUUCACAACCGACAAUGGAGGCGCCACUUAUGACUUCUUUGACGGCACCCACGCCAGUAACUGGCCCCUGAGGGGAUGCAAGCACACUCUAUGGGAGGGCGGGGUGAGGGGCACUGCCUUUGUAAACAGCCCUCUCAUUAAGAAGCCCAGACGCUUCAGCGACCAGAUGAUGCACGUCUGCGACUGGUUACCCACGCUGCAUAGCGUAGCCGGGGGUGACCCCAAGGAAUUGAAGAAUUCGGAUGGAUUCGACCAGUGGGAUGCACUGUCCAAUAAUGUGCCUUCACCUAGAAAUGAAAUCCUUCACAACAUCGAGCCUAUCGAGAAGUACGCAGCCAUCAGAGUAGGAGACUUCAAACUUCAUUACGGUGCCUUCGGGGGUAAAAUCGGGAGUAAAUAUUUCUCCGGCUGGUACCCGCCAGAAGGAGCAACUUCCAACAAGGCAGAGUACGUUCCUAACUCGUUUAGGGUACGAUGUCCCUCCAAGCAAGCCAAUGCUUCCACCAAUUGUGACUACGGUGACCGCAAGCCUUGUCUGUACAACAUCCGUGACGAUCCCUGUGAAUAUAAUAAUAUAGCCGACUGGAACCAAGAUAUUGUUGAGGCUAUGAAGGCUAGACUCCAGGAGUACCGUCGAUCAGCCGUGGAGCCUAGGAACCAGCCCUUGGACCCUCAGAGUAACCCAAAACUCCAUGGAAACGUGUGGGAGCCUUGGGUUACGCUAUCAGAAGACGAUCAGCAUGUCACAUACGCAUAGCUUCCACUUAGACCCCAGCACUUCUGUCAGAAGGGCAAACUAAACUCAGAGGGUACUUUUCGGUGAAACCAAAUCCAAAUUGUCUUCAAAUCGACCAACGGUUGGCUAAUCUGGGUGAUGUAAAUGGAAUUUUUGUAAGUGUAGUGUGGAUCUCGCCCAAAUGUUGGCAACCGGUAUUCGGGGAUAUGAUAUAUAAUUUUUGGUUUGGUCAAUUGGAAAAGAGAAAGAAAUUUCACGGAAAAGGGUCAUAUCAAAGAGGGAUCUGCAACUCAAAUUAUGUAUGUCAAACUCCACAAAAAAAUAGGGUAUUUUAUUGUGAAUCUGGACUUGAUAAGCCAUGAUAUAACCGUUAGAGUUUGAGCCAAUUUUGUUUAAAGGUAAAAAAGGGUCAUAUUUUGUGGUGUUAUAUUAUGGUGCUACUAAUAACUACUUUAAUAUACAUGAUAUCUUUUGUAAAUUUGUAUUCAAAUUAUAUUUUUUGGAACAUGUACUUAAACUUUUGCUAUGGAAUCCUUUUUGAGUCUUACAUAUUAUGAACUCUAGAGUGUAUACAAUUUUAAAGUUGUAGAGAUUAUCACUAUAAUUCUACCCCGCGAAGGACUCGAUCUUAUAUUGUGUUGUCUUCCAUAAAAAUAUAUGAACAGUGUGGUUUCAUUUUGGGCUUUCAAAUCGACUUCAACUGUAUGUGAUUAUGAUAGUACACUAUUCAGACGAAUGCUGUGUAUAUUUUUUCUUAAGAUAUAGUAUUUGUAUGUUAUUUACAUUUUCUUGAUUAUAUAAUUCUUUUGAAUUAUUUCAUUUGAUGAAUACAAGACAAUAGGGAAUGCUA